AUACCAUUGGUUGGAAUGUUACGCAUUGAAUUGAAGUGUUGAAUGACGACAUAAGAACACUAGUACCUUACAUUUCAAGAAAAAUAAACAUGACAAACACCGAUACCAAUUAUCUUGACAGUCUAUACUAAAAUUCAAAAUUGUUUAAUCAUUCAAUUUGAGUGAUAGUUUAGUCAAUUCAAGCAAAUAAUUCACGAUUGUGUAUGAACAAAAACAAAAACAUGUGUAUUGUAUUAUGAAAAAUGUAUUUAUUUUUAACAAUCUCAAAAAAACAAUCAAGACUUCCAUACGACCCCGUAUUUCAAUAAUGUAUGAGUGACUUUAUCAUUUUUUUAGAGUGACGUAUUCAAUGAAACGGGUCUAGCAGGUCGACCCACAAACCAGCCCAACCGGACCCAAAAACUACGGGUUAAUCGAAUUCGGGUCAUUUGGGUUUCGGGUUAUAAAAACAUCAACCCAUUCUCUAUUUUUCGGACGGGUUCGGGUCAACGGGUCGGGUCCUCAUUUGCCAGGUCUACCAAAAAGCAUCAUAUCUUGCAAUUGAUAUCAUAGUUUCGUUAGGUAAAAUUCAACAAACUCAAUCAAUAUUCGAACUCUUUGAAGUAGCUAUCUACAUGCAUGCGAAUAUGAAGUACUGAGUAGCUAAAACCCUACUUGAGUUAGUUCAAUCUUUUGCACUAUUGAUUCAAAAUUCAAUAUAUGAUUAUCUUAUUACAAUUUAGGCAUAAUAAUUGUGUAGUAGGGGACAUCUUAUCAAAAUCGUAAAGAAAGACUCUUUGAUUGAUAGCUUUCAUGAUGUAAUCAAUUAUGCCAAAAUAAAAGUGACCAAAAUUAUAAGAUGGUCUCAAAGUUUGCUAUAAUUAUUGAGGUUCAACAACACGUUAGGCGUACGACGAUCAUUGGCCAUUUUUUCUAUCUCCUAGCUCGCCUUGACAUGCUUAGACAUUAUAAUAAAAAUAGCAAUUUUUAAUAAUAAUGAAUAAAAUAACAGUUCUGAAGCACUUGCAUACUUUAGUUCAAAUGAUUUAACAACAAACGAAAUAACUCUCAAGUUUAUAAAUUAUUUAUUUUACCAAAUGAUAUAAUUAAAUCAUUCAUGAGCUGAAAUAACUAAUUAUAAGCACUUCAAAUUUAAGUUAAAACUCUAUAUGAUACAAUUGUUUGACGAAAUGGGUUUUAUAAUAGAGUGAUUCUAUCGAGAGACGUCUCUAAGAAACAUGGCUUACUUUAUUAUUUCUUAGGUGGAUAUAAUAUCUAUCUUCAUUGUUACUUUUAUAUUGGAUUCAAUUUAGUAUACUUUUUCGUUUAGAUAGAUUUUUUAUGAUGUUCCGGGAUAUAAUAUAUCAUUAUAUAUGAUGGUGUAGGAUAUUAAUUCCUCUCACUUUAGGUUCAAAUUGAUGCAUUUUCCCCUUUACCGUUCCCUUUUAUUGGUUAAUAAUUUUUAUAAUAUUUUUGACUUUGAAUAUCGUGAGCAGAAGCAAUACACAACAAUUUAUGUUUUUCGCUUUCUCUUCUCUUGGUUAGAUAUUGUGUCCAUAUUGAUUCUUAUAUUCAUUAUCGAAUUACUAUUUUUUUGUUCUUUUUCUGAUGGAAGAUAUGAUUUUAUGUUUGAUCAUAUAGAUUUAUUUUUUCAAGCAUGUGGAUGCUUGAGACUUCUCAUUUGCCUCAUAACUUACAUUUUACAAUGGCUCCAAACUUGGAUGGGUUUUUAUCCAACACAUAAAUUUUUAAUGAUAUAAAAUUUAUGAAACUAAGAUGCAUAUUAAUAAACAAUGUAAGGUCUUAUCUUCCCUCUUAAGCACUACAUAUCAUUGUUUACUUGUCAUUAAAUCAAAGUCUUUCUAACUUGAGCAAGAGCUACAAUGACUUUUAUUGUUGUGGAUUUCCCCUAAAAUGUUAGGUAUGCUGCUUUUAGUUUUUGCCUUCUUUUCGGUUUGAUUUAGCUUUUUAUGUGUUGCUCUAUUAGUUGAACUUGCCUGCUGGAGAUCUGCAUGCUUUGUUUCAUUAUAUCAUUGAAUACACUAAAGUCAAUGAAACCAUGACUAUAUGAGUUAGUUUGUUUCUUUCUAAGGACACUCUAAAUAUAUACUUUGUUUCUUAUAUCAUUGAAAACACUAUAGUCAAUGAAAAAUGCAUAAAAAAAAAAUUAUCGUAUACUGAAGAUUGAUUAUGCAUGUAUGAUGUAUGAUAACUCUUAUCAUUGUUCUUCUUAGACAUUUUUAUAUAGAUAUGAUUUUGUUUGCGAAUAUGUAUUUAUGUUAGUGUAGUUGGACGUUGUUUGUCAUUUUUUAAACUUCAUUAGUCAAAUACAUUAAAUACUUUCCUAUAUUAUUCAUGGAGAACUUAUCAAAUUAAAUAGUUACUUCAAUCCCCAACAACAUGAACCAUAAAAAAAAUAUACAUAAAUAUUUACUACACAUAUACAUGAAAAUCAAACUCUUCCGGCCAAGAGGCCGGGCCCUAAUCUAAUAGUAUUAGAGAUGGUUUGUCUUUAACAUCAUGUGUGUUCAACUCCUCACAACCCAAUAUUAACAAUUGUCUUAAAAGUACAUAGCAUAUUGAAAGAGAUUCAUGUAUGAUCCACAACUUACUAUAUACAUCUGAUCCACAACUUUUAACAACCAUACGCUGUGAUGAAAGUUGAAACUGAAUUAGAGUUAAGACUCCUCACGUUUCUUCUUCUUCUUCUUCAUUUAUUCCCCUUAGUUGCGCAAAAGAAAGGAAGACGAACUCCCCAAGUUUUAAACCAAAUUUCUACACUAACGCAACUCCUUUGUCUGGUCAGUAAAUGGAAAGCUUUUUCACUCAUUUCGUCACAGUUUUGACCAAAUGCAUGACAUGGCUCCAUCAAAGUUCCCCAUUCCCAUGGCUCACCGUAGUAGGGGUGGGCGUUCGCUCGGUUCGAUUUGAACCGAACCGAAUCAGAACAUGCUGAAUUUCCGAGCUGCCCAAGACCCCGACCGAAUUUGAACCGAGCUGUAAUUCGGUUCGGUUCAAUCGAACCUAAUUAUAACUCGGUUCGAUUCGGUUCGAAUGGUCAAAACCGAAAAACAUGUUGCCCACCGUUUUGGCCUGCUGCCCGCCAUUUUGUCUGCUGCCUUCUGGAAAGUGGAAAUGGGCUGGCUGCUGUGCUGACUGCCAUUUCACUGCUGCCAGUUCACUUCUGGAAAGUGUGCUCCGAGGAGGAGUCGGAGGUCUGGACUGGAGGUCGGAGGAGAAGUCGAGCCCCGAGCUGCCGCCUGCCGAGGAGGAGGAGUCGGCGAGUCGCCGCCUGUCGAGGAGGAGGGGAGGAGGAGUCGCUGUUGCCACUGCUGCCUUCAGCCUUCUUCCUUUCCUUCCCACUCCCAGUUCUGAGUUCCGAGCAGAGCUGCAGCUGCUUCGCGAAUCGCAAUUCCGAUCCGAGGGGCGAGGAGGAGACGAGGAGACAGACACAGGAGUGAGGAGUGAAUCUCUAGGGUUAGAAAUCGGUCGACACUCGACUGGGUCUGGAAUGGCAGGCCGGCAGGGGAGGUGGGUCGAGUAUUGGGCUGGGGGAUGGGCGUGGGGCGUGGGCCGAGUAUUGGGCUGGGGAGGUGCUGGGCCGUUGGGGCGUUGGGCUGGUUGCCUGGUUUGUGAUUUCGGAAUUCGGUCGGUUAUUUCGGUAUUUCGGUUCGGUUCAAAGGUGUCUGGUUUCCGAAAUACAGCACAUCCAUUUCCGAAUUUCGAACCUAAAUUUAUGUAUCUCGGUUUCAGUCGGUUUUAAUUCGGUUCGGUUCGGUAAAACCGAACCUAAUGCCCACCCCUACACCGUAGGGCUGGAGGUUCGGUUAUCGGUUGCCGGUUAAACUGAUAACCGGCGGUUACCGGUUAACCGAUAAUCGAAAAUUAUAUGCUUCGGUCGGUGGUCGGAGCUCCUAAUAGGUAAUUCGGUUAACCGAGUAACCGAAAACCGGUUAUCCAGUUAACCGACAAUAACCGAAAAUAACCGACCGACCACCCCCCUCACCAAAACGACGUGAAAAUACCCGGUUAUGAAGUUUAUAACUUUAUGUUGUUGAAUUUGAUACAUUAAUUUGGUGAUUUAGAUGUAGAAAUGUAAGUUAGAACCUUUCAUUUUAGGCAAUUCUAAUAAUUUUACCCAGUUAAA